CGCGCGCAGUCAACAUGGGAAACAAACCGUCAGCUGGACGGAAGCGAGAGAAAACCCGGGUGUCCAUCCGAGAGAAGCGCUAUGACCCCAAUGACGUCACGCUCAACGUCGUCAACGCAGAGGACGCCAUGGAUUUUCUGUGCGCGGACUACGCGUCUCCCAGAGCCACGAUGUCCUGCGGACACGCCGUCACCCCGAUGUCCCUCACCGCCUGGUGCCGCCGGCAGCUGGACGAGGGGGGCUACAACUUCGUGUGCGGACAAACUUACUGUGGUGUUGAGUGGCCCUUCGAGGAGGUACAAAAAAUGGCUCUUCUGACCCCCGAAGAAAUUGAGGAAUUUGAUCAGAAAAUGUUUCAAAACGCUGCAAUUUUUUUGGACAUCAAAUGUUGUCCUGGCUGCAGCUCCCGAGUGGCGAGAACCGAUCCCUUCGAUCAGAACGUGGUAUGCAAAGUGUGCACCUCCAAGCGGGGACGCACCUUCGCCUUCUGCUGGCGGUGCCUGGGGGAAUGGAGAGGCGCGACCCGGUCCGGAGACUGUGGAAACGAAGACUGCCAGGACCCGCUGGAGAUCUUGCAGAGCUGUCCUGACAUCACAUUCGAAAACGUGCACGGGGUCACCGGCUGCCCCUCCACCCGCGCGUGUCCCACCUGUGGCUUUCUGGUGGGACACAACAGAACUAAAUGUAAAAACAUCGUCUGCUUUCGCUGUAAAGUGACGUUCUGUUUCGUGUGCCUGAAGCUCCCCAGCGAGUGCGCGUAUCAGGACGAGUCCUAUUACGCACGCUGCUCCAGCGGCGUGGCACCGAGGCAGACCGUCAUCCCUGUGUGGAAGUUGAUAUGAGUCUGGUGACUUAAGUCUUGAGAAAUGUAAAGAAGGAUCACGACCUUAAACCUGUGCACAAUGGCGCCACCUUGUGGUUACUUCUCUUGAGCACAGGCCAUUCAACCAAUGCUACCCUUCACGCCUUCAUUUUGGUGAUCCUAGCUUUCACUUUGACUGCAAAACACCUUCUCAACUUAAUCUCUCUUUUAAUUAAAAACGAUAAUUCUGCUUACUCAUUCAUAAAUGUGGUGGCAUCCUUGAAAUUAAGUGACAAAAAGAGUAAAGCACAAAGUAAGGGAAAUGCAAGUAAAAAUCUUUAUUCUAGAUUUAUGACAUACAUAAAUAUGCAUGUGUAUUGAACAUAGGAGAUUUGAAGGGCUUUCAUUUUAAGAUUAUCCUGAUUUUCUCUUUGUGACACCUUGAAGGAUUUCAAAGUUUGCUGUGACAUAAUGUGAAGAACUUCAGAAAGGUAAACAAAGAAAACAGCAUGAAAUGCAAUGUUUCUGUGAUUUUAUUAACAAGAAGAAUAAUAAGGAUAAUAAAAACUAUAAUAAUAGUUGCUGAAUGCAUUCUGAAAUCGAACUGUACUCAUUUCAAGAGUUAUAACUUUAUGUGCAGGUCUGCAGGGACAACAAAGUAACCGAUGCAAUAAAAAAAGCAGAUUGCAGACUUUGUGUAUUCAUCAA